AUGCGUGGCUAUUGUUAUGUCGUCGUCGUGGCUACCGCCGUGUUGCUCCUCCUCCUUCUUGUGGCCGUGCACGGCGCAUAUGACGAGGAGGUCAUCUACGUGGAGGUGUUGGAGGAGGGCAGCAGCUGCCACUUCCCGAUGACCCCGCCGGUGGUGCCGGAGUCCCCGGAGGAGCGGCGCGAGCACUACCGCGCCAUGGAAACCAAGGACCUGGCCCGGAACCGGCAGAUGGCCAAGGGCACUAGGAGACAGCUGGCCUCAUCGACGUCAAAUUCGGAAGAGGAGGUGGAGCUCAACCUCAAGCCGGCGCCGAAGCUGAUGUCGACAUCGGCAACAGACAUGACAGAGCUGAUGUCGAGCACGUCCAUGUUCGAGAUGCCGAUGCAGAGCGCCCUCACCAUCCGGGACGUGGGCAUGUACCUCGUCACGGUGCUCUUCGGUACGCCCGCGCUGCCCUACAGCAUGGCGCUUGACACUGCCAACGACUUGACCUGGCUCAACUGCCGCCUCCGUGGACACCGGCGCCACAGAGGCCGCCGGAUUCGGCCACCCACCAGCAAGACCAUGUCCUUUGACGAAACUUCGGAGGACCCCGUUAACGUCGCGCCGGAGAAGGUCAAGUACGUCAAGAACUGGUACCGCCCGGUGCGGUCCAAGUCGUGGCGGCGCUACCGGUGCUCGCAGGCGGACAGCUGCGGCUUGUUUCCUCACAACACCUGUUUGACGCCCAACCGCAACGAGUCGUGCACCUACGACACGAGGACAGUGGACGGCACAACUGCCCGAGGGAUCUACGGCAGCGAGACAGCCACCGUGGUGGUGUCCGGCGGCCGGAUGGCCAGGCUGCCGGGGCUCGUGCUGGGCUGCUCCACGUACGAGGCCGGCGGGGCCGUGGCCAUGCAUGAUGGCGUGCUCACCCUGGGAAACCAGGACGUGUCCUUCGGCACCGUCGCCGGCGGGCAUUUCAAGGGCCGCUUCUCCUUCUGCCUCCUCCCGACGGUCAGCUCUGGCAACUCCUCCAGCUACCUCACCUUCGGCCCCAACCCGGCCAUGGCCGCGGGCGCCUGCGAGACAAGGCUCAUCUACAACCCACUCACCCCGGCCUUCGGCAUACAUGUCACCGGCUUAUUCAUCAACGGGAAGCGCCUCGACGACAUCCCUCCCGAGGUCUGGAUCCACGACGGCAAGGGCGGCGGCCUCAACAUCGACACCGGCACAUCCCUCACGGCGCUCGUCGAGCCGGCGUAUGGAGCGGUCACCAGGGCCAUCACCAGGCACCUAGACCAUCUGAAAAAGGAGGAAAUCCAAGGCUUUGAGCACUGCUACCGGUGGACCUUCACCGGCGAUGGCGUGGAUCCGGCCAACAACGUGACGAUACCCAAAUUAGUGAUCGAGUACGAGGGCGGCGGGAGGCUGGAUCCGGGGGCCAAGGGGGUGGUGGUGCCGGAGGUGGUGCCAGGGGUGGUCUGCCUGGCAUUCCGGCGGAGUCCGUUGGGGCCAUCAAUCAUGGGCAACGUGCAGAUGCAAGACCACAUCUGGGAGAUUGAUCACUAUAAACAGGUGCUCCGGUUCAAGAAGGACAAGUGUCUCAACCAUAACCUUCCUCCUCUUACUCCUAGUACUAGUAGUACUACUAACCCUUCUUCUCCAACCGCUAAAAAUUAA